AUGGAACCGGAGCUUUUCGAUGUUCCUAUUAGUGUCUCAGACUCAAGGCUAAGUUUGAAUUGUGAUUGCAGACAAAGAAGAAUCAAUGAAGUUACAAUUAUGGAUUUGCCGGCUGCGAUUAUGGUGGAAAUACUCACAAAAUUGCCAAUCAAGAUGAUUUUCCGAUGUAAGUUUGUUUGCAAACGUUGGUAUAAGCUCAAAACUUCUGAUCAUUUAUUUGUCAACAUGUAUGACGCCAGACCGCGUAAAUUUCCUUGCAUUUUCCUUUCAAAAAAUUAUUCUGUCCGUUAUCUGCUUGAACUUGGAGCAGAUUAUGACUAUACUACUCCAGUUAAAUUGCCUGAAUGGGAGAAAAGAAUUCGUCAUAUUCAUUAUGGAUUUUGCUUUAGUGAGGCCUCUGGACAGUAUAAAGUAUUGAGAUUAGUAAAUAGGAAGUUUCGGGGUCGUCCAGACGUAUCUGAAUUGGAGGUUUAUACUCUUGGAGUUGAUGAGAAAAAUUGGAGGAAUGUGGGCAAAGCUCCAAAACCUGUACGGGGAACGCUUAGCGAUGCUAAUGUCAAUGGUACUAUUCAUUGGCUGGAUGGUGAAGAUCUUCCAAAAAGGGUCAGUAUUUACUCCUUUAAUAUCGCGACAGAAGAAGUGAAGUCUCUGCCAGCUCCAUCUGGUUUAAAAUCUCCAUCCUUGCACUUGAUGCUAGCGGAGUUGGGAAAUUGUCUAUGUUUGUCUGUUAGUAGAUCUUUUCAUUAUAUGGAUAUAUGGUGGAUGAAAGAGUAUGGGAUAGCUGGAUCUUGGACUAGAGAUCGCAUUUCAGUUACUCUGCCUGGUAUCGCUGGUCGUCACAUAUUAAUACCAAUCAUAAUUUGGAAAGAUGGGGAAAUCUUGAUGCAAAGCGAACGUGGCACACACCUAGUUUCUUACAACCCAAAAGAGGAGAUGCUUAAGAAGGUGGUCAAUGUGUAUGGUAGUGGCACUGAAGCGACUAGAUACAUUCCAAGCUUUUACUCGCUCAAGACUGUCAUGGGGGACAAUUUUCAAGUCUCAAAUGCUUAUCGGAAGACUCAGAUAGUUUAG